GCCGGGCGCUGCCGCUGCUGUUCCUCAACCUGGGCGGCGAGAUGCUCUACAUCCUGGACCAGCGGCUCCGUGCCCAGAGCAUCCCCGGAGAGAAAGCCCGCAAAGCUCAAACACAGUUCUGCCUGUGGGGACAGCCAGCAGGAACAUGCUGCUUGCUGAGACUAAUACGGCAUUGAGAAAAAUGUCAAAAUGAUGAAGUGAUCUUCCUUGCUUUUCCUUUUGUGGCUAUGCACCUGGUUUUCACAGUUAUGAAUGACAUCAUCACAACCAUGUUCAAUAAAAAAUUUAUGGAAGAGCUGUUUAAACCACAGGAACUCUACUCCAAGAAGGCUCUGAGAACGUUGUAUGACCGGCUAGCUCAUGCUUCAAUCAUGAGGCUGAACCAGGCAAGCAUGGAUAAGCUGUAUGACCUUAUGACUAUGGCUUUCAAAUACCAAGUCCUGCUGUGUCCUCGGCCCAAAGACAUUCUGCUGGUCACGUUCAAUCACCUGGAUGCAAUCAAGGAUUUCAUUCGUGAUUCCCCUGGCAUUCUGAACCAGGUGGAUGAAACUUUCCGACAGCUGAUCGAGGUGUACGGCGGUCUGUCUGCUGGUGAAUUUCAGCUGAUCAGGCAAACACUCCUCCUUUUUUUUCAGGACAUGCAUAUAAGGGUCUCUAUCUUUCUGAAGGAUAAAGUGCAAAACUCUAACGGUCGCUUUGUGCUGCCAAUCUCAGGCCCUGUUCCAUGGGGUACAGAAGUUCCAGGACUCAUCAGGAUGUAUAAUCGCAACGGAGAUGAAGUUAAAAGAACCGAGUUCACCACUGAUGGAAAUUACAUUACUCCACAAAGGGAAGGGUCUUUUGAUCUCUAUGGAGACAGAGUUCUCAAACUUGGAACAAAUAUGUACAGUGUUAGUCGGCAAGUAGAGACGCACAUGUCAGGAUCAUCCAAAAACUUGGCAUCCCAUGCGAAGGAGAAUGUGGCCCCUAACCCUCUUGCUAAAGAAGAACUGAACUUUUUGGCCAGGCUGCUAGGAGGUCUGGAUAUCAAGAAACCUGGUGGCAGCGAGACAGGAUUUCGACUGAAUUUAUUCACAACAGACGAGGAGGAAGAACAGGCAGCACUGACGAGACCAGAGGAGUUAUCUUACAAGGUUGUUAACAUAGAAGCCACUCAGGACCCGGGGCUCCGUGCGGAGCUGGCUCGCAUCGCGGGCGAGCUGGAGGUGGCGGAGCCGAGCCCGGCGAGCUCGGGGAAAGGCGAGGACCUGCUGGCGCUGAUGGACGGGCUGUGAGCCCCCAGCAUUAAAGGCGCUCUCCCUCCCCA